CUUUCAAUAGUUUUCCCUUACAAUAAACACUCGUCAUUAUGGUGCUCAUCACCGAAGAGCUGGUACGCAAGAAAUCGGAGCAUAAUGAACGCCUAAUUAGCACUCUGGAGGAGAUUUCUCUGCACCAGGAGGACAUCGAGGUCAUAGAACACAUCCAGAACUGGUGUCGUGACCUGAAGAUACUGCUCCUCCAAUCCAAUCUCAUUGGGCGCCUGGAGAACUUGCACAAACUGAAGCGUUUGGAGUACCUCAAUGUGGCCAUCAACAAUAUCGAGAGGGUGGAGAACCUGGAGGGCUGCGAGUCGCUCAACAAGCUGGAUCUAACUUUAAAUUUUAUAGGGGAACUAACCAGUGUGGAGUCGCUGUGUGGCAACCACAAUCUCCGCGAGCUGGUGCUCAUAGGAAAUCCCUGCGUGGACUAUCCACACUACAGGGACUACGUGGUGGCCACUUUGCCGCAACUGAAUAGCUUGGACUGCGCGGAGAUCACCCACUCGGAACGCCUCCGAGCUUUGAGGGAAUUGCCCAAGAAUCGGGCCAUCAUCGUCCAGAAACAGACCGACCAGGCCAUAGAACGGGAUGAGCAGCGCAUCCGGGUGGCGGACCAGCAGUCCGCCCUCGCGGAACAUUGUGCCGGAAUCGAGGACGAGGAGGAGCGCAUCAAGGCCUUCUGGCAGGCGAAGAGCGAGCACUGCCCGGAGAUUCGCACGGAGAUCGCCAGGCAGCAUCGAUUGGGCCGGGAGCGGCAUGAAACCAAGUCUGCACUGGAUCCUCCGAAGCGGGAGCGCAACCUAUUCGCCCCCUGCGGCAGACCCUACAAUCUAAACCAGGGCAAGCUGCCCUUCAACUUUCAGGACGAGGCUGAUCACUACUUGCUCCAACUGGAGGUCUACAGACACCUGGAUACAUCUUUAAUUGAUGUGGAUGUUCAAACCAAUUACACUAGAGUCACCGUCAAGAAAAAGAUAUUCCAGAUCGCCUACAACGAGGAAGUCAAGCCGGAUGAGUCCACGGUGCAGCGUUCCCAGAUCACGGGUCACUUGAUGGUCAAGCUCCAAAAACUGAAAGUCAACGAACUGCUGACUGUCAAGAAAAGUACGGCGAAAAGCUCUGGCCCGCCUGUAGUUACUGGAAAAAAUGGUGGAAAUCAAGAGGAAAAACUUCGUGGAGUCGUGGACAUCAGUAACAUUUGCCCGCCCGCCGAUCUUCCCGACUUAAUUUGAGACUGAGUUCAUUAU